AUGGGGUUGUUCAAGAAUUCGAAGCGAACUAGCAAGUUCGCCUUUCGCCGAAGUCUUUUGCGGGCUAUCCUCCCAGACAGCAAAACCCCGCCUCUACCUCAAAAAGAACCUCUUCUCCUCACAAAUUCAGAACAACCGCAAGUCGAUAUCGAAGUUGACAUCAGCGACGAGAAAAAGGCAGUAUUUACAACCGAAACAGAAAUAGUCACUGUGGAGUUAAAUUUAAACGAACCGCAACCUGAAAAAGUGCCAGAAAUUCUGCUUCUCCCAGCAGAGAUCCUUCGAGAUAUCUUUUCUUAUUUGGAUAACUGCGACCUUCAAUCACUCUACCACACACAUUCUCGUUUCCGGGGAAUCGUUCUCGAACACCGGUCCUUCUUUUGUCGAGAACUUGCGUCCCGCAAUUUACGGUACUUUGCGAGGUACUUGAAACCGGCAUUUUUCGACCUUCAGCGGGACUCUCGAUUACAAUUUCUUACUGAAGAUGAUAAACAAAAUGACGUCGACGGGUGUCAAAGGUAUCCAGGUCAGGCAAAUAUCCCAGCCUGGUACCUAAAGCUCUACAAACUCGACAAAAUCACAAAAGAACUCUAUAGCCUCAUGCCCACCGAUGAAAACGAAUGGGAACUGGAAUAUCUUCGUAUCCAGGGCCUCCCGCCAUCUCAAUACAACCCUCGGGUCUGGCCUAGACCUGGAAAUCCUUCCUUCUACUUCACUCAUACGAUUAUUUCGUUUUAUCAGUAUAAUUCACUGGUUAAGUUGCCGAAAGAUAGUUUGGUUGAUUUUAAAGAGAAAGAUGUCAAACCGGUUUGCAGAUGCGCACAAGGGUAUUUCAGGAGUACGGCGCAUUUGGGAAUAUUAUGUGCGGUUUAUAUGGCUUGUUUGAAGUUUAAGGCUGAAGAAGCUAAUAACAACAAUAAUCUCAACAAGGCCGAAGAGGAGGAAAAACAGGAAGCAGAAAAAGACGACGAUUUAAGUAUGUUCCUGCCGGAGUUAGGAGGAGGAUUGGGAAAUUAUAUCAAAGGAACCAGAGUUUCUGUCAAGGAGCUGUUUAAAAUGGUGGUGGUGGUUAUGUACCCUGGAAAUCUGCUAAAGGUUAUUAAGAACCCGACAAGGCAGUCAAUGAGCAGAUUGAAGAUUGUACUGGAGACGUUGAAAGAUGUCUUGGUGAUGAACGAAGAGGAGAGGAGGCAGAGCGGGGUGGAUAGGAUGUAUACGAAGGGAUUGGAGAUGAUGGAGGGGUUUGCGAAGUAUUGGGAAGAUUGUGAGGACAAGACGACGUUGCGGUAUUUCGACGACUGGGAUCUUUUGUAA